AUGCUGGACCAGGCUAAGAUUGCGUUUGUCCCUGGCGAUGCGCCAAAGUCGUCGAAGGUCCAUGUCUUGGACAGCAGCAUCAUAACAACCGAGGUUGGCAGGGAAAUCCACGACAAGGAGUUGUCCUUCCAAACCAAUCCUCGACCUGCGGCACGGUACAUGUACUUCCGGUUCGCGACGAACAUCUUGCUGCGACAGCGCUACGAGGUAGAGGGUUGGUGGGGCUGGGGGAGGAUCGACUUUGGCGGACAGGAGAUAACAUACCUUCCUGUGACUGUGGGCAAGUGGAGGACCUAUGAUAACUACUUUGGCAAUCCCGAAGUCCGGCCCAACCCGAACAUGGGGGCACUCGAGAAGGCGCCGUUCUACGAUAUGCCCAUCUGGCCGGGAGACUUGGGGACGAAGGGCGGGCUUUUGAGGGAUGAGUUCCAGAGGGUGGUGAGGGAGGACGACGGGAGUGCGGUUCCGGGAUUGUAUGCUUGCAGAAACACGUCUGCUAGCAUCAUGGGGCGGAGGUGUCUUGGAGCUGGGUCGACGUUGGGACCUGCUCUGACGCAUGACUUCACGCUGUGA